AUGUCUGGACUUUUGGGGGCGGCCUACGAGUCAAGUGAUGAUGAGAGUAGCCCAGCCCAACCCACGCCCGCGUUGGCGAAGCCCGUCAACACGGCGCCAGAUGUCUCUACAGAGGUUCGGGCUACAUCCCUGGAACACCGUGGUGGCAAGACUGACAAGUUUCAGGAUCACACGCAGACGCAGAUAAUGCUGGCAAAUCCCACCAGCACCGCCCUCAGCUAUAAUGUCACCUACGACAAUCUAUCUCGGCCUUCGCAAGGCCCCGCCAACCCGUAUAAACCGGCUUCGGGAAACGUGUUAAAGCGCAAGAAUGUGCUCACUGGAAAUGCCGAAGAGACUGCCAUGUCUGAAGCGACGUUCAAGACGCAACAUCGGACGUUCCAGAGUCUGGGUUACACCAGAGACCCAAGUCUAGAUGGUGGUUUCGUGGGCGACCAAAGUGCUGUUGCAAAAUUUGGGGGAAAAGAUGUCGUUGAGUUGCGGCCAUCGAAACGGGAGAGUGCUGCCAUACGAGCCAAGAGACAAAAGAAGGGCGACAGUAGUAUUGUUGACGGCGAAGGCGCAUACAUGGGCCCUUGGGCGAAAUACCAGACCGACGAUGUGGCUUACGAAGAACUCGAGGCGGCCGCGGAUCAAGAGCUGGCAUCUGAUGAAGAAUGGGUAGAGGAAGGUAUUGCGCCGCCGCCACUGCCUCCACCGCCGAAAGAAGCCACCGCAUACUCCAGCGAUUCCAACACGGCCGAAACGACCGAGUUUCACGGCGAAUCCGAAUUUGAUUACCAGGGCCGGACGUAUAUGCAUGUGCCUCAAGACCUGGACAUUGACCUGCGGAAAGAGCCCGGCUCGGUGCAGAACUUCGUUCCCAAAAAGCUCAUACACGUCUACAAAUACCACACGAAACCGAUCACCUCGUUACGAUUCAUCCCCCGCUCUUCUCAUCUGCUACUGUCGUCUUCGGCGGACGCCAAACUGGCCCUUUGGGAUGCCCACCACGACAGGACCCUCCUACGCACCUUUUCCGGCCACAACAAGGCCAUCACGGACACCGAUUUUCAUCCUACAGGCCGUUCAUUCUUAUCCGCGUCUUACGAUCGCCAAAUGAAGCUAUGGGACACCGAGACCGGCAAAGUCAUCUCCCGCUUCACGACUGGCAAGACGCCACAUACACUCCGGUUCCAUCCGGAGGGCAACGAGUUCAUCGCGGGCAUGAGCGACAAGAAGAUUGUGCAAUUCGACACGCGAAGCGGCGAACUGACUCAAGAGUACGACCACCAUCUCGGACCGAUCAACACUCUGACCUUUGUGGACGAAGGGCGACGGUUCAUCUCCACAUCGGACGACAAGAGUUUGCGCGCGUGGGAGUACGGAAUCCCCGUGCCGAUUAAAUUCGUUGCCGACCCUUCUAUGUACGCACUGGUCCGCGCUGCGCCCCAUCCAUCGGGUAAAUAUGUUGCCUUCCAGAGCGCCGACAACCAGAUCGUCGUCUAUGCCGCCGGAGACAAGUUCCGGCAGAACCGCAAAAAGGGGUUCCGAGGCCACAAUACAAGCGGGUAUGCGAUCGACGUCGCCAUCAGCCCGGACGGCGGGAUUAUUUCCAGUGGCGACACGGGCGGUUUCGUGUGCUUCUGGGAUUGGAAGACGGGCAAAAUGUGGCAUAAAAUCCAGGCCGGCGGCGAGUCAAAAGGCGCCGUUACUUGCGUCGCCUGGCAUCAGCAGGAAACUAGCAAGGUUGCAACUGGUGGCUUGGACGGUGUCAUUAGAUAUUGGGAUUGA